AGCGUUUCACCGGACGUAUUAAACUAAAAAAAGUUGGAGAUGUCCAUGCUUGUGUGCUUGCUCACCUGUGGCUACACAUGGUUAAUUAAUCCCACAGUUCGCUACACGACCGAGACAUAUUUUAGGUCUUUUAUCGUGCUCCAAAUGUCAUGGCAUAUAGAAGAAGGAGACGACAACACGCACCUCCAGACAAUAGUGACAGACAUGCACCCAACAAAAUGGAGCAGCUUGCCUUUAAAUAUAUGGACAUGUGUAAAGUGGAGUCCAGCACUGAUUCCGACUCCGAGAUCAGUCCAAGAUGGUCAGACACCAGCACUAUGGGAUGUGUGAGCAGCGCACCAGAGAGUGGGACUUUUCGGCGGACAUUGCCGUUGACACACAAGCCUGCAGGAAGGCAUGGCAUUUAUUCUUUGUUUUUGGACCCGUACGAUGGAAGCUCUGAGGAUUCCGAUGAGUCAAAUGUCAACGUGGGCGUCUCCAGCAGGCGAACAAGGCAGCAGGGAAAAGGUGGAGGAGGAGGCUGUCGGUUCUCUGGCAGGAGCAGGAGAUUUAGCCUUCAUCAUCCUGCUUCCCUCAGAGAAGUUGUGAAACAUGGGAUGAGAGAUCUUGCAACAGAGCAGGAACAUCUUUUGGAUGUCCAGAUGAAAUGUGGGAGUGAUUCUGAGCUGUGGGUCUGUGAGCGUGACAUUCUGCCCUCCCACAGCGACAGGGAUGGUCUUAAAGAGGAAAACGCCAAUGAUUCAACAAUGCACACCCAAACCAUGGAUAUAGAACUUCAUAGCCAGUUCACUGAUUCUGGCUUGCACACUACAAAAUCCUCCACACCUCAAACAUCUGGACCUGUAACUCCAGUGGAAGAGAAUUCAUCCCAGAUGUUGGAUACCUCCUCUGAGAGAUCCACCAGCCCCGGUGACCUUGUAUCUCUUUACAAGAGAAAGUUAGGUGUCCCUGGAGGAGAGGUGGUGGAGUUGGGCCAAAGAAAGAGGCAAUGCGUCGUCAACAUGGAGGAGGAGCAGGGGGGACUCUGCGUCUGAACCAUGUUAGAGCCAUCGAACCACGGACUGACAGAAUGAAGUGCUGCAGUCAUAUUCAGUGGAAAUAAAUACUGUAAAUAGUUAUUUGGAAAUGCACUUUGUUUACUCGUAUAAAGAGACCUGGUUUGUUUUUCUACCUUCAGUUAUUUUGAAGUGUCACAUGAGUUGUUGUGUUGGUUGUCUCUUAACACGUUAUUCAUUUUUGUUGGAACAAUUACCUUAGUAACCCGGGUCUAGACCAAACUGUGUUAGGCCAAACGUUUGCACUGUCAAUGAGGAGAAACUUUGUUUUCCAAUGAAUAAAAAAACAUCUUUAAAAAAGAAAA